UCAAUCGCCUCAAACUUUGCGUAAAACCCUUUCAUAUUGUUCCUUUACAGGGCACACAAGUACGUAGAAAUAUAGUAAUACAACAACAAAAUUGCACAAAGUGAGGUGCUUUAACUUCCUUGAUUCUUUACUGAAUUAUACAAAAGUUCUUACAGGGUAGAAGAAGAUAUACAUACAGCACAAGCUUCUAAUAGUGAGAAAUGGAGCGAGCGAGAUGCUGCGAAGAAGAUGCAUUUGCAGAAGAUGCAGCAGGAGCUUUUGGUGCCUUCGUGUGGCCUCCAAGAUCAUAUAUUUGCAAUUUCUGUGGCAGAGAAUUCGGGUCAGCUCAGGCUUUAGGUGGUCACAUGAACGUUCACAGGAGAGAUAGAGCAAGGUUAAAGCAGUCUCCUGGUAUCGAAAACGACUAUCUUCAUCACCAUAAGCAGCAGCCGCAGCAGCAUCAACGUCAAAAUCUGCAUAACAUUCUGGUUUAUGAUCCUGACAGUAUUGCUAAAUUUUCAACUCCUUUAACUGAAGAGAAUAGUCAAAAACCUGAAGUUGCAGAAAGUGAUGGCAAGAAGGAGAAUGUUAGUAGAAAGAGAUGGAGAUGUGAUGAAUUACCAUUGCCUUUAUUCCCUUUCUUUACUAAAAUAUCAAAACCAAAUUCCAUGAAGAAAGUUCAUCUUCAAGAAGAGGUCAAGGGGCUGUGCCUAGGUGCAACCCAAGACUUAGAUCUUGAGCUAAGACUUGGCUUUUCCCUUUUUUAGUCUAUAUAUAUAAUUUUUUUUUCCCAUACAAAUUUCCCAUUCUGUAUUCUAUUUUAUAUCCUUAAUCAAGAUAUUAAGGCCAGGCUUCCUCUGCA